AAGGUCUAGUGCUACACGGCCUUUCACUUCAUGUAACAUUCAAGUUUUGACGCUUGCUGGCGGAAGCGCGUGAACGCAAAUUUGUUACUUUCGACAGCCAUUGUGAAACCGAAAAAAUAUCCUAAAAUGCCACACAGUUCAGUAAAGUUGGUACUUCUAACAUUUUGCUUCAUCCUGGCUGUCAAUCGAAGUGGUGCGCAACGAUUGCAGAUGAUUCCAAAUGUCAAGGAGCAGGUGGUCGAAGCAAAUUCCACGCUAACGCUAACUUGUGUUUACAAAUAUUAUGAUGGAUUUGACAGCACCAACAUUUCAUGGACGUUACCUGCCUAUCUGAAAAAUUUUCCGGGAAAAAGCGAAGCAUAUAGCCGCCUUCAACUUACAUAUCAUGGGAACAAAACGCACUUGAUAACGACUAUGACGCUACAAGAAGUCCGACCAAAAGACUCGGGCAAAUUCGGUUGUACCGGAGAUGAUCGAGUCAAUCAACACAUCUAUGUUUACAGCGAAGGAAUUUUCAUCUUCAUGGAUAACGGAGAAAAUGUGAAAGACUUCUAUUCUUCCCAACAAGGUGAUACUCUUCACAUCCCCUGCAAACCCACCCACCCGAACGCGACUGUAUCUUUGAGCCUUGUACGACAAUGGGCAAGCAAAGAAUGGGCUGAAGAUAUCUCAAAAGAUUUGCUAUCCGAUCCGUAUUCCAAUUGGUCAUUCAAUAGGGAAAUUGGACUGACCCUACGCAACACAAAGAUCAGUGAUUCUGGCUACUACCAAUGCGUUGGAACAAUGAAUGAUGUCCUUAAUUAUGAAAAUUUUAGGAUUAUUGUCAAAGGGAUGGAAUUGACUCGAAUUGGCGAUUCCGACGAUCCGGUAGAAGGAAGCAACGUCACGUUAAUUUGCCUCAUCCACACCGAUGGGGAGAUUAACGAUAAAAUGCGAAAGGGGUUCCCCUCACCACCUGAAUGGUACUACAGGAUCAAUGAUACCGGUCCCAUGCAAAUUAUAAAUAAAACUAAUCCACCUAAAGGAAUUCAAAUGAGGAAAGAAUACGAAAUAAAGUUGAUGCGGCAUCUCCAUGGCUUCUACGAAAGUCGCUUGGACCUGAUAGACGUGGAUAUUUUAAAUCCCUACACAAACUUUGAAUGCAAAUCAUCUAUUCAAAAAAGAAUAACAGAAUCUAAAACGAUUUCCUUUGGAAUCAAAGUUAGGCUGGAAGAUGGAAGAGCUAGAAAUUUAACCUGCAAUAUAGCAUCAAAAGAUACUCAAAUCAAGUGGUUUAAGGAUGAGAAACCAUACUCAGGUGAAAUAUAUUCUACUGCAAACGUUUCUAUCUUGCCACUUGAAGGAACCAAGGGUGAAAUUGGUGCUUAUGCUUGCCAAUGGAACAACAGUUUGGGACAAGUGGGUUUCAGGAAUUUCACUCUCUUCCUGGCUGACGAGACAUUGUCGGAAACGGAAACCUAUUACACUGCAAUAAUCGUGUCUGCAGUAACUCUGGCAAUCCUACUUGCCCUCGGAAUCGGCAUCAGCGUUAAACUCUACUUUGAUUUGAAAAAACAAGUAUUUCCCGGAGCAAAAAAAUUACUCGAGGGCAAUGUCAAAGAAAUCAAUCCCCAAUUCUCAAUAGAAGAGCAAACUGAGCUGCUUCCCUACGACAAAGCAUGGGAAUUUCCACGAUGUCGCUUGACACUCGGAGUGCAGCUAGGAUCGGGCUGUUUCGGAAGAGUCGUUAAAGGAGAAGCGAUUGGGAUCAAAGGUUCGCGAGAAACCGUCAGAACGGUGGCUGUCAAAAUGGUAAGGUCACAAACAAAUGUCGCUGCGAUGGAAUCUCUCGUUAGUGAACUGAAAAUUCUCAUCCAUUUGGGAUCUCAUCUAAACGUUGUCAAUUUACUCGGAGCCUGCACGAAAAAAAUCACUAAAGGUGAGCUUUUGAUUAUUGUCGAAUAUUGCCGAUUCGGCAAUUUGCAAACGUACUUGAUGAAGCAUCGGAAUAGUUUCAUCAACCUGUUGGACGAGUUUGGUAACAUGAAACCAGAUAGCGAAACUGAGGAACUACAACCAUCAAUUUUACCGGAUAUUUCCUCGGUUGAUAAAAAUUCAAUCGCUGACAACGAGAAUCCAGCACCAUCACCAUUCUAUUCCACCUCCGAUACAGAGGCACCGGAAUGGUGGAACUAUGGUCACCAACAAGAACGGGAUACUUCCCAAAACAAAACAAUUUCCACCCGUGAUCUAAUUUCAUGGUCUUUUCAAAUUGCCCGGGGAAUGGAGUACUUGGCUAGUAAAAAAGUUCUUCACGGUGAUUUGGCCGCUCGCAACGUUUUGUUAGCUGACGACGGAGUUGUCAAAGUGGCUGACUUUGGAAUGGCUAAAAAAAUGUACUACGAGGGCAACUAUGAAAGGACAGAGGGACUAAUGCCGGUAAAAUGGAUGGCUAUUGAAUCCCUAACUGCUCGAAUUUUCUCCAGUCAAUCCGACGUCUGGUCAUUUGGUGUUUUACUCUGGGAGCUCUUCACUUUAGGCGAAGUUCCAUACCCAGGAAUGGAUGUCGGUCAUUUACUUAUUAAAGAAAUCAAAAGUGGUUACCGCAUGGAAAAACCAGAAAAUGCGCCAAAUUUCUUCGGAGUAAUAAUGGCAAACUGUUGGAAAACGGAGCCCAAAGAACGACCAACGUUUCGCCAACUGGAGGAAAUGAUCAACAGUCAUAUGGAAUCUUCUGUUAGCUGCCAUUAUUUAAAUUUAAGCCUCCCCUAUGGAAAAUUUAAUGAAGAGGAUACAGCGACUCCAACCAAUGUGUAUGGAAUAACUAACCUGUUUAAGGGGGCGCCAUAUUCGAUAGAAACAGAAGACGCCAAAUGAUACGAGAUCUAAAAUUUUCAAGUAUGUUAUAUGGAUGCCAAUGUAAACUAGACAGACACUACAUUUUGUCUCUCCAAUCUUUUUGAAAUCUGACGGGGUAGUUAUCUCCACAAUUCAGCAAAGAAAAUAUUAAUUGCGCUCAUCAAGGUAAUUACUCAAAUGGGGACUUCGGGGACUUAGCAAGUGGUUUACAGGAGAACACGUUCUUUUUUUUUUUUUGCUUACAUUUGUCAUUUUAUACUCUGCGCUAAAAUUCAAACAUUCGAACUCUUAUUUCGUUUGCUUGUAAAUGUAUAGUACGUUUACCAUUUCUCGUAUAGCUAAUUUAGUUCAGUAACACUAAUUGCAGAAGGAUACAUUAGUACACCUUGAGCAAAACAAAAUGUUUUUUGAUGGCUUCAUAUGUUAACAUUCCCAUGAUCUCCUCAACAAUGGCAAUGAAUGACAUAAAAAAACUAAUUUACAUCUCUUAAAAUGUAACGAAAGACUUCAUUCAGCCAAAUGAUUAGAUAAUCAACAGUAACAAAUACCUCUACAUAUCUAAACAUUAGCAUUUUCAGCAGGCAGUAAAAAUGUCUCAUCAUAUCAUUCUUAAAUUUAAAGUUACUUGUUUAUUACUGGCAUUGUAAAAAAAAAAUCCUACCUUCGAA